GUUUCCCGGGUCCGACCAACACGGAACAAAUGUGAACAUUUCAAACAAAAACACCGGCUUAUCAGCGCUUACCUGAGUCCACACACGAGCAACCAUGGCCGUUUACUUCGGCAGAAUAACAGUAGGGAUAUAUGUGGAGAUUAAGCGGAGUGAUGGACGAAUACAUCAAGCCAUGGUGACUUCUUUAAAUGAAGAUAAUGAAAGUGUUACAGUGGAGUGGAUAGAAAACGGAGACACAAAAGGGAAAGAGAUUGAUUUGGAGUGCAUAUUCUCACUAAACCCAGAUGUUGCUCCAGAGGAGGAAAUAUCUUUAAGUCCUUUAACACCACCACCUCCCACACCCAAUUCUGCAAAGGUCAACAAGAUCCCCAAGAAUCGUAGAACAAUUGCUCCUGCAAGGGCAGAGAUCCCAUCCAGAGACAACCGAGUUGGCUCGACCCGGGCUCGCCCAGGCCAGCAGCAGCAGCAGCAGCAGCAGCAGCAGCAGCAGCAGCAGCAGCAGCAGCAGCAGCAGCUGGAGUCAGCCCCCCCACCACCUGCUCAACAACCAGCCCAGCCUGUACAGACUCAAAUACAGCAGAGCCAACAGCAGCAACAGAAUGCGAGGAGGAAGUCCAACUGUGUAAAGGAGGUGGAGAAACUGCAGGAGAAGAGAGAGAGGCGGAGACUGCAGCAGCAAGAGCUAAGGGAAAAGCGAGCACAGGAGGUGGACACAACAGUUCCUAACUAUGAAAUACUGCAGAUGAUCAGAGACUUCAGAGCAAGUCUAGACUACAGGCCACUAACCACAGCUGAUUUGAUUGAAGAGCACCGGAUAUGCGUUUGUGUGAGGAAGCGACCUCUAAACAAAAAAGAACUCACUACAAAAGAGUUGGAUGUGAUCACCAUCCCUAGUAAAGAUGUCGUCAUGGUGCAUGAACCGAAGCAGAAAGUGGAUCUUACUCGAUACCUAGAAAAUCAAACAUUUCGCUUUGAUUAUGCCUUCGAUGACAGUGCGGAAAACGAAAUGGUUUACAGGUUCACAGCAAGGCCUCUAGUGGAAACCAUCUUUGAGAGGGGAAUGGCCACGUGUUUUGCCUACGGCCAAACGGGAAGCGGGAAAACGCAUACCAUGGGUGGAGAUUUUUCAGGAAAGAACCAAGACUGUUCAAAAGGAAUCUACGCAUUAGCUGCUCGUGAUGUUUUUCUCCUGCUGAAGAAACCUAACUAUAAGAAGUUAGAUCUUCAGGUUUAUGCAACAUUCUUUGAAAUCUACAGUGGAAAGGUAUUUGACCUGCUAAAUCGUAAAGCAAAGCUUCGUGUACUGGAGGAUGGGAAGCAGCAGGUGCAGGUGGUUGGGCUGCAGGAGAGAGAGGUUCGAUGCACUGAAGAUGUCCUUAAGCUCAUUGAAGUUGGAAACAGCUGCAGGACAUCAGGCCAGACUUCUGCCAAUGCCCACUCAUCCCGCAGCCAUGCCGUCUUUCAAAUCAUUCUGCGCAAAAAGGGGAAAAUGCACGGCAAGUUCUCACUCAUUGACCUGGCAGGAAAUGAACGUGGUGCAGACACGUCCAGUGCGGACCGACAGACUAGGUUGGAGGGAGCUGAGAUUAACAAAAGCUUACUUGCACUGAAGGAGUGUAUCAGAGCCUUGGGGCGGAACAAGCCGCACACGCCUUUCAGAGCCAGCAAGCUUACGCAGGUGCUCAGAGACUCAUUUAUUGGAGAGAACUCCAGAACAUGCAUGAUUGCUACUAUCUCUCCUGGAAUGGCUUCCUGUGAAAACACCCUAAAUACACUACGAUAUGCCAACAGAGUAAAGGAGUUUGGGAUUAGCCCUUCAGACAUCCCGUUUUCUCAAGGAAGUCACUCUGGGCUCUCACCCACAUGCGAGUAUGAGCAAAGGCUUAUUUUUCCAGCUUCCCCUUACAGAGUAAAAGAGUUAACUGUGGACCCUAACGCUAUGGUAGAAGGAGUUCGACCUAACAUGAAUGCCAUCAACCAGCUGAACAUUAUGGAUGAGGAGUGGGAGAUGAGCAACUCUCCUCAGAGAGACGACCUUAAGCUGCUUUGUGAACAGAAUGAAGAGGAAGUUUCCCCCCAGCUCUUUACCUUCCAUGAGGUUGUGUCACAGCUGGUGGAAAUGGAGGAGCAGGUCCUGGAGGACCACAGAGCAGUAUUUCAGGAGUCCAUCCAGUGGCUGGAGGAUGAAAAGGUUCUGCUGGAGAUGACUGAGGAGGUGGACUAUGACGUGGACUCGUAUUCCUCCCAGCUUGAGCAGAUUCUUGACCAAAAGAUUGACGUUCUGAUUGAGCUCAGAGAUAAAGUGAGGUCAUUCCGCUCAGCUCUGCAAGAAGAGGAACAAGCCAGUAAGCAGAUCAGUCCCAAGAGACCUCGUGCUCUGUAGACUGCGACCGACUCUUCAAAAAGAAGUUAGAACAGUUCCAGCAAAAACCAAAUAGCAGCAGUGAGGUUCAAUGCUAGAUGACCUGCUUGCAUUCAGCAAAGUGCUUCGGCAUUUUUAUAUCACAUUUGAUGACCUGUGAAACGUACAAUACCUUAGAUCGUUGGAUUUAUGCGGCACACUGCUUUAAGUCCGGUGCUGAUCUUCAAGAACUGACUGGAACUGCUUCAUCUGAUUAAACAAUCACCCAUUGUCUAAUUUCACUAAGUAACCUUUGAAGAUCAGCAUGUGCCUUAAGACAGCUUACAAGUAGCCAUUCAUCUACAAGUCAGCAUGUUUAAUUUCUACAAGUAAUGCGCUCCUUUAGUGUUUUUCCCAUUAUAUAUUUAUUUACUUUUUUAGUUUAGGUAAAUGGCUGUUAACUACUUGGUCCUCUAUUUAUGGGUCUUUACCACUUCCUGCAUUGACCCUGUUCUCAAACUCGGUAUGUUUUAGUAACUUUUUCAUCAUUGUCCAUUACACACAUGGCAGAUUAGGUCAAUCUGCACUUUACAUGACCUUGUGUUUCCUGGGGUCUGUUGUUGGACCUCUCUAAAUUGUAUUAAUCUCCUUCUGGAGGGUUCAGUGUAUUACCUUCUGUUUAACUUGGUUACUGUUUAGUUUACACCAUAUUUUUAAGCUGAAGAAGAAUUAAAAAAAGAUUGCUGCUGGUCGAUAAUAA